UUUGAGCCAUAUUGCUUCCUUUUGCAGGUCUUCUUCCUUAGAUACAUUUACUCCACAGAAACACAUACAUAACAGACAUUAUGUGCAGCUCUAAGGCCAAGGUGACCAUGGGGAUUGAAAUCACACCCCUUGUUUCUAGAAUCAAUGGCAGACCAGUUCUUCAGCCUACUUGUAACCGAGUUCCUAGCCUAGACCGGCGCAAUUCCCUCAAGAAACUAUCAACACCACCACCACCACCUCUACCAUUAUCAAAUGCUUCUUCUACGAGCACUAGUCCUAGAAUUAGUACCAAGGCUUCAUUGACAACACCACCAGUAUCUCCCAAGUCAAAAUCUCCAAGACCGCCUGCGAUAAAGAGAUCAGGCAAUGACCCUAAUGGCUUGAACUCCAGUUCUGAGAAAGUUGUGACUCCAGGAGGUACCACAAGAGCUAAGGUUUUGGAAAGGAAGAAGUCAAAGAGUUUUAAGCUUGGUGUUGGUGCUGAUAAUGCUCAUGACCAUGGUAGACUUUCUUCUGCUUCGAUUGAGGCUUCGUUGAGCUAUUCUUCUUCUCUGAUCACAGAGGCACCAGGAACCAUUGCUGCUGGGAGGAGGGAGCAGAUGGCUCUUCAGCAUGCACAGAGAAAGAUGAGGAUUGCUCAUUAUGGAAGAUCAAAUUCUGCAAAUUUUGAAAGGGUUGCUCCAAUUGAUACAAUGGAAGCCAAAGGUGGUGAAGAAGAUCACAAAAGAUGCAGCUUCAUCACAGCUAAUUCAGAUCCCAUAUAUGUUGCUUACCAUGAUCAAGAAUGGGGAGUUCCUGUUCAUGAUGACAAGAUGUUAUUUGAACUGCUUGUUCUAAGUGGAGCUCAAGUUGGAUCAGACUGGACUUCAAUUUUAAAGAAACGCCAAGAUUUCAGGGAUGCCUUUUCUGGGUUUGAUGCAGAAGCUGUGGCCAAUCUCACUGACAAGCAAAUGAUUUCAAUUUGUUCAGAAUAUGGCAUUGAUAUAAGCAGAGUCAGAGGAGUAGUAGACAACUCUAACAGAAUUCUUGAGGUAAAGAGGGAAUUUGGGUCCUUUCACAAAUACAUAUGGGGGUUUGUGAAUCACAAGCCAAUCUCCCCUCAAUACAAGCAAGGCUACAAAAUCCCAGUGAAGACAUCAAAAUCAGAGAGCAUAAGCAAGGACAUGGUUAGGAGGGGGUUUAGGUUUGUUGGUCCAACAGUUGUUCAUUCCUUCAUGCAAGCCUCAGGCCUCACAAAUGACCAUUUGACCACCUGUCACAGGCACCUUCAGUGCACCUUAUUGGCAGCCCAUCCUUUGGAACAAGCUCUAUAG